GUUGCCAUGGAGCUCACCGCUCCAAACCACGCCGCUGGCGCCGCGGUGGGCCAUCGCCGAGGACCGCCGCCUCCCUGAGCAGCCCGGGGCUUCUGUGCCCCCGGAGCCCGAGAACCUGGGACCCAGGCCAGCCAGAGCUGAUUUCUAUCUCCCAGCAUGGAGGACGACGGCAGCCUGCUCCCCGAGGACGGGCUUUUGGACGAUGCCCCGCUUUUGGAAGAUGAAAGAGAUGAAUUAGAGGAUCCGGAGUUUGACAUCAGAUGUCUUCUGCAGGAAGCUGAGGAUGACAUGGACCCAGGACACAGCAGCUCAGUGAAAGAACUCGAUACUGAUGCUGAUAAAUUGAAGAAGAAAACAGCUGAGGACAGAAUGCAGGCAUUUCACCUGCGACAGAACCUGAGCACCCUGGAUAAGAUGCAUGAGGAGCAGGAGCUUUUCAUUGAGAAGAUGAGAGGGGAGCUGCGCACCUGUCGGCAGAGGCAGGACCUGAUCGGCAAGCAGCAGGAGGCCGUGGCAGCCGAGAUCGCCACAGAGGGAGAGGCGGGCAACAUGGCCACUGUGGGCCGUCUCCAGGCCGUGUCCAGACGCCUGUUUGUGGAGCUGGAGAAUGAGAGAGACCUGCAGUCGAGGACUGAGGCCGUGCUGAAGGAGAGCGAGAACGCCAUGUGGCACAUUGAGAUCCAGGAGGGGCGACUCGAGGCCUUCCGGACAGCUGACCGUGAGGAGGCAGAGGCUGCGGGGCGGCGGCUCCAGGUGCGUGCAGCCCAGCAGCUCUGCAGGGAGCAGGAGGCCCUGGGGAAGAUGGAGCGGAACCGGCUGCUGAGAAUCCGGAAGUCCCUGCACACCCAGAAGGAGCUCGGGCUGAGGCACCAGAAGCUGCUGGAGGAUGCCCGGAAGAACCACAAGGUCGCCGUGCGGUUCCUGAAGGCCUCCCUGGGAAGAAUCCGAGAGCAAGAGAAGAAGGAGGAGAUGAAGUGCCAGGAGCACAUGAGGCGACGCAUGGAUGCGGUGGUGGCGCUGAAGGGCAGCAUCUCCGCGAACCGGGACACACUGCGAAAGUUCCAAGCAUGGGGCCAUGCCAAGGCAGAGCUGGCAGAGCAGAGGGUCCAGGCUGAGAAGAAGGCGAUUCUGGCCCAGGGCGGGGAUGCGUUCAGGCACCUUGUCCACCAGCGCCGGCGCCAGGAGCUGGAGGCCCAGAAGAGGGCCUUUGAGGAGGAGCAGAAGCUCAGAAAGCAGGAGAUCAUCCGUCGGAUUCUGAAAGAGGAGGCUGAGGAGGAAAGAAAGAAACAGCGUCCCCCGGCCAAUGCCACUCACCGGCCGACCCUGAGGGACAAGACCUGGAACUACAUCUCCGACUUUUGCGAGGAGAAGACCACAGCCCCAGCCAACACGUACAUGCUGGACUACGAGGCUGGUGCAGGCCCCGGGCCCUCUCGGUUGGUGGACGUCAUCUCCAGUGAGCUCAUCCAGGGAGACCCCGGGGCCAGUUCAGAGGAGGAGACGUUAGCUGAGCCUGAGAUCUCUGGGCUUUGGAACGAAGACUACAAGCCGUACCAGGUGCCCAAGGAGGACGUGGACCGAAAGCCCGUGGGUGGGACGAAGAUGGACAAGGACAUUCUGGCGCGAACGGUGGAGAGACUGCGGAGCAGGGUGGUCCACAAGCAGGUGGUGCUGGGGCGUGAGUUCCAAGGUCGCCCCUUCAACAGCAAACCAGAGCUCCUGCACUUCAAGGACUUUGAUAUUGGCAAAGUGUACAAGAAAAAGAUCACGUUGGUAAACACCACCUACACGAUCAACUACUGCAAGCUGGUGGGCGUGGAGGAGCAUCUCCGGGACUUCAUCCACGUUGACUUUGACCCCCCGGGCCGCCUGUCAGCCGGGAUGUCCUGCGAAGUGCUUGUCACCUUCAAGCCCAUGAUAAACAAAGAUCUAGAAGGAAAUAUCUCAUUUUUGGCUCAGACGGGCGAGUUUUCAGUUCCAUUGAAAUGUUCAACAAAGAAAUGUUCGCUGUCCCUCGACAAGGAGCUCAUUGACUUCGGCAGCUACGUGGUGGGAGAGACCACGUCUCGGACCAUCACGCUGACCAACACUGGGGGCUUGGGCACGAGUUUCAAGUUCCUGCCAGCUUCAGAGCCCUGCGAGACGGACGACUCCCAGUCCAUCCUGAAAUUAAGCAGCCUCCUGACCUACGAAGAUAAAAGCGUGUAUGACAGAGCUGCCACCAGCUUCUCUGAGCAGCAGCUAGAGGGCACGGAGUCCUCCCAGGCGGACAUGCAGAGCCGGAAGGAGCUGGAGAAGCUGGACGAGGAGCAGGAGGAGGAGCAGCCCGCAGGUGAGCCGGGUUGCCAGGCCAAGGCAGGGUGGGCGGGCAGUGAGAGCCCCGGGGCAGCAUUCCAGGGGCCUGAGGGGCCCAGGGGAGGGCUGAGAGAAUUUCCCCAGGCCUUCGAUGUUCAGUGA